UAUUUUUUUUUCGGAAGGAAGAGUUACAGAGAGGCAAAAGGCAGAGAGACAGAGAGAGAGAGACAGAGAGAGAGAGAGAGAUCCAGAGGUCUUCCAUCCACUGUUUCACUCCCCAGAUAGCCGCAGCUACUGGAGCUGGGCCAUUUCGAAGCCUGGGUCUCCCACAUGGGGCCCAAAGACUGGGGCUGUCUUUCACUGCUUUCCCAGGCUGUAGCAGAGAGAUAGAUCCUAAGUGGAGCAGCCAGGACUUGAACCAGUGCCCAUAUGAGAUGCUGGCACUGCAGGUGGUGGCUUUACCUACUAUGCCACAGAGCCGACCCCCAAAAUUUUAUUUUGUAAUUUUGGUAGAAAUUACACUUAUACAGAUGUGAGUUCUUUAAAGACAGGUGCCCUGUCCAAUGUCUUUCAUGAACUUUUGUGUUUGAUAAAAUUUAUUCUGUGUUGCUGCCCUUGAAAAGUCAGCCCUGCCAGUUAAGCAGUUAAUACCUUGUGAACCACAUGGCAUUUCUUAUGUUUAAAUUACAGUGGUUGUAUUCUAUUUGCAAGAUUUUUGAUUGGUUCUUCUCUGUAUCAGUUUUUUUUCAUUUCUGCUUAUUUAUAGUUAUUUGGCCCCUUUUUAUUAUUUUACCUCUGUGAAUCUUUUAAAUGCUUAUUUUAACGUGUUCUUCAGAUCAUUUGAUAAUUUAAAAAUUUGUCUAUAAUGAAUUUAUGUUGUGAUGGUUGAUAUUGUGUUUUCGUAAUGUUCUGUAAAUUUGCAGGCACAUUCCAAUAGAGGCUUUUUUUUUUCCUUUGUCCUGUGUCUCCCUCUGUAUUUAUUUUUGUGAUUUGCCCUGCUGGUCUAGCAGAUUUGUAGUUGUUUCUGCCUGGCUUUGGUGAUCACAGAUCAGAAUCAGGUCUGUGUUGGUGGAUCAGAGCCCCAGCCCCAUGGGGACGCUGGGGACAUCACAGAUUUAGUCACUGAGUCAGCUGGCAUUAGGUCAGCACCUUUCUAUAAGCUGAAGUCUCAGUGCAGUUAGCAGAAGUCUUUUUCAAUCUACUUUCAUAACUGAAGACUGCCAUCUCAGCCGCUGGUUUUAAGCAAAGAGCUUGGCUACCCACCCUGCUUCAUCUGACACAGUUUUAUUUACAGUUACCCCAUAGGGGUAACUGUGCUUCUUCCAGAUAAGGGCCUGAGUCCAGUCAGCUUUUGGGUUCAGCUUGCCUCAUGCUUUGUGUUACUGUUAGAUCUAUGGAAAUGUUUAACAUGUUUUAGGGGCAUAGCUAUGUCACUUUAGUGAUUUGUUUUCACAUUUUGUCUGUUAUUUUGCUGUGUUUGUUGUGAAGAAAGGAGAGCAGUGCCAGAGGUGGGGGUGUGUUAACUGCUGGUAUUAGAAGAGCAUCCAGACUCCUUAUUUUAUAUUUAAGAUUCUGUUUUUACAGCUUCUGCUCAGUUCCCCAGUUCCUAAAGCUCUUCAGUGUCAUCUGUGUACCACUUCUGUGCCGGGUGAGCCCCGCUGUACUUCUGUGUAGCACUCUGCUUGCCUCAUUCUAGUUCCUUGCUAUUAUACUAUGCAGCAUCUGCUUAUAUGUUUUUAAGGGCAAAGACUACUUUAUUGCUUGUAUCAAACACUGCUCCUGGUACUUAAUAGGUGCUAAAUAUUGCAGAGCCAUGGGUGUUCCCAAGUAAUUUUCAUAGUAUGUGGUUAAAAGAAUUGAAAACUAUUCUAUAUGUCAUUAUUUUUAGGUGAAAUGUGAGCUGUUUCAUGAGAAUGUAUGUGUGUAUAGAGGGUGGCAUAGGAUAAUGUGUUCCAGGGGGUGGAGCAGUGUGGGAAAAGCAUGAAGGUCUGACUUCACGUAGGUGUUUCUAAGUAGACAUCCUGGAUUCUAGAAAUGGGAAGGGAGAUUGAAAAAGCUGGAGGAGACCAAAUCAGGACCCAAGUCAUUUAUAUCCUAGGAAGUUUGGACCGUAUCCUGUAGGGAUUAAGGAGCUAGUAUUAGAAGAUUUCAGUUAGGGGAACACCUUACUAAGAUUUUACUCUGAAAAAAUUAUUCUGACAGACAUUUUGGUUAGAUGUCAAUUAAAAAGACGGAUUACACAUGCAGUAUUUGCUUCUUUUAACUUUGUCUUAGUUUUCACUUCUUUUCAUGUUCCCUUUAAAUCAGAUUGAGUUACAGUUUCUUUUUCUUGCCAAUCUGAUGAUUUUCUUUAGCACAAUAAAUUGUUUUUAAGCAGACCACUGUAAUAAUAGGUUAGUGAGUAUUGUAACAGACCUGUAUGCAGCAGUUCCUAGGGAAUUAUAAGUCCUCCUCCUCCCCGCCCCCGAAAGUGGGAACUUAGUAUAUGCAGAAUUCCUGUUUUGGGAAAGAAAAUAGAAGUACAAGCCGGCGCCGCGGCUCACUAGGCUAAUCCUCCGCCUAGCGGCGCCGGCACACCGGGUUCUAGUCCCGGUUGGGGCGCCGGAUUCUAUCCCGGUUGCCCCUCUUCCAGGCCAGCCCUCUGCUGUGGCCAGGGAGUGCAGUGGAGGAUGGCCCAGGUGCUUGGGCCCUGCACCCCAUGGGAGACCAGGAGAAGCACCUGGCUCCUGGCUCCUGCCAUCGGAUCAGUGCGGUGCAUCGGCCGCAGCGUGCCGGCCGCGGCGGCCAUUGGAGGGUGAACCAACGGCAAAGGAAGACCUUUCUCUCUGUCUCUCUCUCUCACUGUCCACUCUGCCUGUCAAAAAAAAAAAAAAAAAAAAUAGAAGUACAGUUAAACAGUGGGAUUAUAUGUCAUUAAAGUUAAGACAGAGUUUACAAAUCUAAAAUUUGGGUGAGAAUAAUGGGUUACUAAUUUUUUUCCUUAGUAUUUCUCUGUAGAUUAAAAGAUUAGAUACUUAUGUGUAUGAAUGGAUUUACCUAUGAGGAUUUCUCAGCUCUUUGCAGGUAAUGAAACACAGAACUUGGUAGUAGUUGUUCAGCGCGUGGGAGAAACUGGUGAAGCUUGGAGGUGUCUGGCUCUGAUAUCUACUUUGAAAGCUGAGGGAAUCAGUUUUUCUGCUUACCCAGACCAUUCUUGACCCAGUAGAUAAGUUGUCCCAACUAUAAGGCCUAUGAAAUUUAUAAAUGCUUAUGUUUUUCAGUUUCUAUUCUAGCUGAUAUUUAGCCUUUCAAAUUCUGAGGUUGAAUAUGUAUUUUGUACAAAGUGUGUUUAGAUGAUGCUACUAUGUUCUUGCAUCUUUUAUUUGGGGAUGGUUUGCUACAAUCCACAGAAUAUCUUUUGGUUUUCAAUAAACUGUUCUUAUUUUCCUACAUGUGCAUACUUUGCAGUGUUUCACACUUACCAGAUUCAUUCAUUUUAUUUAUGAGAUAGUAACAAAGAUGAAAUAAAGUCGUUAUACUUGAAGUGUGGUCGUAAUUUGAAAUCAAUCUCUUAGAUCUUUAGUGGAGAUUGUAAUAACAAGGGAAGUUUAUGUGAAAAGGAAAUGUUAAACUAAAUAAUGAUUAUUUUGAUGUAAUAUGUUUUCAAAAAGCCAAGAAAAAAAAAGUGAUUAAUGAAGAUGCUACUUUAUUUUCUUUUUGUCAGGGUGGACUGAUCCUUUUGGGAUUUACAGUUAAAGUAAUCUUUGCAAAAUUAUUAUAGUUAAUUCAUCAUGCAAAAGUUAUAAGAAUCUAACUUUGCUUUCUUUUUUUUAAUAUUUUUUUUACCAGAAACCUUUUAUUUAAGGAAUACAAAUUUGCUGCAUUUCAUAAAUACCACCUUAGGAACAUAGGAUUCUUCCCCUCCGUCCCUGCCCUCCCACUCUUUGAAUAUUCUUUCAUUGGUUCCGUUUCCCCAAUACCAUGGAAGUUUUGCUCUGUAACGAGGCCUGUGAUGUUAUUCCUAAGGGGGCCUUUCUGGAUGUGAAUUGUCUUCUUCCAAGUGGACAAUUUAGGAGUGAAUCUGAUUCAGACCAGGAUGUAGCACUCAAACUUGCCCAGGAGCGAGCUGAAAUAGUUGCUAAAUACGACAGAGGACGAGAAGGUGCAGAGAUUGAACCUUGGGAAGAUGCUGAUUACCUUGUUUACAAAGUUACGGAUAGAUUUGGCUUUUUACAUGAGGAGGAGCUCCCGUAUCAUAAUGCAGCUGUGGAACGGCAAAAGCAUCUCGAAAUUGAAAGAACUGCCAAAUGGCUGAAAAUGCUAAAAGGAUGGGAAAAAUACAAGAACACCGAAAAGUUUCACAGGAGAAUUUACAAAGGAAUCCCACUCCAGCUCAGAGGUGAAGUCUGGGCUCUCCUUCUUGAGAUCCCUAAAAUGAAAGAAGAAACAAGAGACCUUUACAGUAAAUUAAAACACAGAGCACGGGGUUGUUCACCUGAUAUCAGACAAAUAGACCUUGAUGUCAACCGCACAUUUAGGGACCAUAUUAUGUUUAGAGACAGAUAUGGUGUUAAGCAACAAUCUUUAUUUCAUGUGCUUGCUGCAUAUUCUAUUUAUAAUACGGAAGUCGGGUACUGUCAGGGGAUGAGCCAGAUCACAGCUCUGCUCCUCAUGUAUAUGAACGAGGAAGAUGCCUUCUGGGCCCUUGUCAAACUCUUCUCAGGCCCCAAGCACGCCAUGCAUGGCUUUUUUGUCCAAGGUUUUCCUAAACUCUUGAGGUUUCAAGAACAUCAUGAAAAAAUAUUGAGUAAAUUUCUGUCCAAGCUUAAGCAGCACUUGGAUUCCCAAGAAAUCUACACCAGUUUUUAUACAAUGAAAUGGUUUUUUCAAUGUUUCCUUGAUCGUACUCCCUUUACCCUAAACCUCAGGAUUUGGGAUAUCUACAUCUUUGAAGGAGAACGAGUUCUUACUGCUAUGUCUUACACAAUCUUAAAGUUACACAAAAAACAUCUAAUGAAACUGUCUAUGGAAGAACUUGUAGAAUUUCUUCAGGAGACCUUGGCAAAGGACUUUUUCUUUGAAGAUGAUUUUGUAAUAGAGCAACUUCAGAUUUCUAUGGCAGAGCUAAAGCGGGCAAAAUUAGAUCUUCCAGAACCUGGUAAAGAGGAUGAAUAUCCAAAGAAGCCUCUGGGGCAGCUUCCGCCGGAAGUUCAGUCUGGCGGCCUGACUCAGCUGAGUAAUGGACAGAGGAGUGUCGGCAGGCCCAGUCCCCACACGAGCGGCAGGAGAGAAAGUGGAGCGUCGCCCUCCAAGAAGCACGAGCACUCCCCGCACCACCCGAGCAGAACCGGGACGCCGGAAAGAGGCAGGCAGCUGAGGCGGAAGUCGGUAGACGAGGACAGCAAAAAGCUGAAAGAUGAGGCCGAGUUUCCAAAAAAGCUUUCUUCGGGUCUGCAGGACAGUUCCAAGCAAUAUAACCACGCGACUGCUAACCAGAAUAGCAAUGCCACUUCGAAUGUCAGGAAGGAGUUUGUGCCCAAAUGGAAGAAGCCGUCAGACACGGGCGCCCUGGAAAGAACUGCCCAGUACGCCUUGGAAGGACACAGCAGGGCAGUGCACCCCACCCUCCCGGUCACCGCGCCAGGCUCUGCUGACGUUCGCGCGCCCAACGGGAGGCAGAAGAUCAAGGUCUUGGACGCGGACGACGGGAAGCGCGGCUCCACCGCCUCGCAGUAUGAUAAUGUCCCUGGGACGGAAAAUGAGGUGGGAACUGCUGUGGAGGGUGCUCUAGAGAGAGCUUACUCUCAGAGCCCCCGGGACGCCGGGUACCCCAGCAGUCCGAGAAAGCACGCCGAGGCCAGCCCUAGCCCCUCCAAAGUAGCCAGCAGGUUUACUUUUACAGUGCCGCCUCCCGGGCACGCCAGGUACCCGUCCCAGCUGGAAGGGGAGGAGCGCGGGCCGGUGCUCCCGCCGUCUUACAGCAACCCCCCUGUCUACCACGGGAGUUCUCCAAAGCACACGCCCGCUGCUCAGAGCAGCUUCGCGUCCCCACCGUUCAGCCCCGGGGCUCAGGGGAACCCUUCCCGGAGGCCGUACGGCUCCACUCUGUCCGUGGGGUUUUCCCCUGAGAAGGCCUACGGCCGGCCCGCGCCCAUCGUCCUGCCGUCUAGUCGCAUUGAAGUCCUUCCUGCUGAGACUGGUGCCGGGGGCUACUCGGGCAAUGCAGGGUCACCAAAGAACGGAAAAUUCAUCAUUCCUCCCGUGGAUUAUUUGCCAGACCACAGAAAGUGGUCCGAAGUGAGUUACAGGUACAAACCUGAGAUGCACGGCCCAUCGUGGCCUCCAGACGCCAGCCGUGGCCACGUGAGCGGUUUCCCGAAAUACCCCGCCUUUCAGCACGUGCCCUUCCAGGCCCACGACCUGCCCGCAGUCUCCGUCGACAGUCCAGUGCGGUACAGAACCUCGCCAGCUGUCGAGGGUGCCAGCCCGUCCAGGUGUCAGUAUUCAGGGCCCUCGCCGCCAGCCUACCACUACAGAAACCGGGACGGGCUUUCUGUUCAAGAGUCAGUGUUGCUGUGAGACCGCUGUGCGCCCUCGCUCACGCCAAGUGAACAGAAACCGUAUGGAAUACAGUUGCUAUGUCGAUGAUUGCCAAAGCAGUAUUUUCUACUAUUGUAAACAACUCGCACAGUUCUGCUGUAUGUUAGUAACAAAAAAUCUACGGAGAUGUUUUCAUCCCCAUGUAGAUGUGCUUAAGAGGAGCAUUUUGAAUCGCAUCACCACUGAACCUGGAAACACAGCAAUAGCGUUUAGGGGUGCACGCACAAUGAUCACUCGUUCCUCAGCUCCAUUGGUAUCUUCCCCCAAAACCUGAGCGGUUUUACUCUUAUUGGCCCAUUCUAUUUUGACUAAUGUUACGAAGCACUGAACAACUAGAAUAUUUUUUAAGCUCUAUGUAGUAAAACAUCUUUUAAUAGUUAUAGGCAUCGAUGCAUACGUAUUUGGACACAGAACUGAAGAAACAUUUUUAAAAUGUGCUUUUAAUCGAGAUCCCUGGAAUAAGCCGUUGUUCGUCUUUUCGUUAAAUUGUCUGUUAGUCCAGUCUCCCCCAUUUCCUCAGUCCAGGUCCUGACCUGACUGUAGAGUCUAUGCUGACUUGUUUAGUGCAGCAGCUCACAGAAUGCUUAUCAUUCGCCUUCAGUGGCCGCCCUUUUCUUUAUCAGUCUGAAAAUUAAAGACUUCGGAGUGAAAGGAUAGCCAUUUAAUGGUGCUUAAAAUUAAGGCAGUUAACGUAAGUUUAUGGCCAAAGGUGCAACGCUCAGAGCAUCCACUUCCCGAGGCGAGUCGUCGCGCGUGUGUGCCCCUUGGCUCUGGUCUGACUCCUGCAAAGCUCUGAGCAGACUCCGGAGCUCCCCUGGGGACGCCUCCACCAGGUCAUCCUUUACUGAUGACCCGGCACCCACACGGACAGCAGGAUAGCAGCUAGGUUCCUUCUCGCCUCUGCCCCUUCACUCCAUGCAGGGGCUCACGUCAGGGGGCCCUCACGGUGGUCCUGCACGAGAUCUUUCUCUGCCAGUCUUUCUGUAUAGAAGUGGAUAUCACUGGACGUAUCCAUGUUCAAAUUGUUUUUCAAAAAUCCUAAUUAUUAGGAGCCUAGAAUUUUGAUCUUUAAAAAAAUAUGACUUUCAUACUUUCAAAAUUCUUUUUUCUGCUUCAGAGAAAACAAAUUCAAGUUCAUGGAGCGUAGGAAGCAGGGAUGUUUUUAAAAAUAUUGUUACACUAAAGUUACCAAGAUACUGGCAAAGUUUUGGGGAUUCCCACAAGGCACGGCCUUGUGUUUAAUCAGAGAGCUUGUUUUCCACAUUUCUUUGCUCACAUUUGAAUAGUAGAGAAUUAGAAAACAUAACAUUGCUGGUUCUUCCUGUUGCAAGCUGGGGCUUUAAGCUUUCAAGGUACAAAAAUAUGUCUUUUAAAAUCAAAGUAAUAUUGGUUUAGCUAGUGAAUGUGACAGUGAUUUUUAUGUAUAUAAUGAGUCUAAUGUAAUUUUAAUCAACUUAGUAAUAAUGUUAUUAAAUGUCAAAACAAAUUCAAGUGUAUUAAAGCUAAACACUACACUGAUGCUAAACAAAAUCCCGAGAAAAUGAUGGGGCUCUUGAUUUAGAUCAUGUGGAAGCUGAGAAAUAAAUGUAUAUAAAGAUGUAGCUGAGGAUAUUACUUCCAGUGUUUAACCUCUGGUUCUGUGAUGUGUAAUAAAACCAAGCUGUACAAUUUAGUUGAUGAUGGCGGCAUCUGAGCUGCUCCAAAAAUAUAUAUAUCAACAGUGGUAAAUACUGUAGAUUUAUAUAUAUAUAUGCCAAAUAUAUAUAUAUAUACACACACGCACUAUUUUCCUAUGUUAUCUAUGACAUUUUUUAUCUGUAUACUUUUUGGAUGUGAUUGUUUUUAACAUGCUAAAAGUAAUAAGUGCAUUUUGUCUUGUGUCUUUGCAUUUUUUUUAAAUUAUAGCAGAAGUGUAGAGUCCCUGAUGCUUCUGAGGCUAAUUCUCUUCUAAUUUAGUAGACGUUGCUUGGUGUUGACCUGCGUUACUUUACCUGUUACGUGUUUAUUAAUUAUCUAUGUUACGUGUUUAUUAAUUAUCAGUAAGAUUGUAAUUAGAACUACACACCUUUGUUUUAUUUAAUAUGAGAUUAUUGUUAGCACUAAGAUAUUAUUUCCAGUCCUUCCCAUUAUAAAAUGUAGCCCUCGUUUUUUAAGUAAGAAACUUUAAUUUGAAAUUAUUUUGCCAGAAUACAAUUUAUUCUUUCAAAUUUAUUUUUUAAUAAAGGGUAAUGAAAUUAUGAUAAAAGAGGAAAUAAUAUUGGUAAAGCGGAUCAAAAUAUAUGAAAACCGUAGUUAGUAACGAUUUCGAUGGCAUGGAGACUACUCUAGCCGCGUGUGCUUGGUGUAGAUAUUUUGCUAUGAUUCACCAUAGUUUUGUGUAACAAAUACUUUGAUAUAGUUUUUAUUUUGUUUUUUAUAUUUAACUUAAAAAGUUAAAGAAAAGAGACCCAGAGUCUCAACAGGUUUUAAAAUGUUGACUGCUUUUCAGGUGUUUAUGUUUUUUAAAGUUUUUUUUUUAUGGAUGGCUUUUUUAAAAAUUCAGAUAUCUCAAAAUAUCAGUGGCAGAAUGUUUCUUGAAAGAAUGAAGAGAAUCAAUAGCAGCUUUCUGGAGAAGAGUAAUAGAUGUUUACAGACGUGUGGUUUAACCGUAUUUUCCCAUUUUAAGAAUGGCCAAUGCUAAAUGCUGUCGCACGCUGUGUGUCUGUUAAGCGGGCCUCUGCAGUUAUGUUGCAAACACAGGAACCAGAAACCAUACCUAGUCAGUACUUUGCUGAGGUCCCAUUUGCUUUUCACUUUUUUUUUUCCCUUAAGAUUUAUUUAUUAUUUAUUCGAAGGUCAGUGAGAAAGAGGGAGAAAGAUAUCUCCCUUCUGCUGGUGCAGUAGCCAAAUGGCCACAACAGCCUGGGCUGGGCCAAGCCAAAGCCAGGAGCCAGGAUCUCUGUCAGGUUCUCCUACGUGGGUGCAGGGGCCCGAGUGCGUGGGUCAUCUGCUGCUGCCCGCCCAGGCGCGUCAACAGGGAGCUGGAUCAGAAGUGGAGCAGCCGGGGAGUGGCGCUCCCAUAGGGGAUGCCGGUGUGGGCUUAACCUGCUGCGCCACAAGGCCAGCCACUGUGUCCUCUUCACUUUGAUGAUUCGAGAAAAACGUGCCAUGUCUGCAAGUGGGGAUUUGUUCACAGCCGGCCUAAGCUGUGUCUUCUAGAAAUAAGGUGAUUCUGGUUGCCUUUUAGAAUCACAACUUUUAUUUGGUGUGUACUUGACUGUGGUUGUACAUCUUAAUCUUACUCAAAUUAUGAUUUGGGGACUUUUAAACAAAUUUUAAUAACUUUUAAUUGUGUUUAUUUAAUAAGAAUAAUGCAUAUUGAUCAGAUGAAUUCCCCAAACUUUUAAGACCCAAAGUAUCCAUUUCGGUUUUUCAAGCAUUUAUGCAUUUCACUUUCAGGAGGAUUUCUAGUUGUCUAUAAAUCACAGCAUAACUGCCACGUUCUAUAUGAGAAAAAGGGAACUCAUUUAGGAUUUCCCAAGAGUGGGUCUUGCCUUUUAGCUGUUCUUUAGAAAUAUCUGGUGAACUUCUGCUGGUGUACCCACCCCAGACCGCUUAAAUCAGCACACCUGGGAUGGAACCUGGGCAUAGGGUGAUUGUGCUAUUCCCCUGUAAACUAGAGGUGGGUCACUAAGCUCUUACAAAAAAGAAUUCCCCUGAGAGUGAUUGUUCCGUGUUCCCCCUGUGGGCUAUCGGAAAUGCUGAACAGAUCGGGAGUUUCGGAAUUGAGAAACACUGAUGUCCCGAAGGUUCGAAGAAAUCCCACUGCAAAGAUGAAGGUUGCCGGCCGGCUCUCUACCACUGGUGGUGAGGACUCUCUGAAUGACUUCCUGGGGGGGAAGUGACGUCACCCAUGUAUUUUCUCUUUGGCUACCUAAAGUAGCCCUUCAAAUUACAGCCUUGUUAAGAUUUCCAUUUUCCCAGGCUACCUGUGUCUCAUUUUCUUAACUGAUAAGCUUAAAAACAUCCCGACUGUUUAGAAGGCUAAGCGCAUUUUAGGACCUGAGAAAAUGCUGACUAGUCCAUAUUUGGCUUAGUCAGCAUUUUAUUGAGCAUCUGGCAUGGAGGACUGUGCUGAGUUCUGGCUUCAAGAUGCGCGGCAGGUUUUGUAAUCAGCACGUCUCCGUGCAGUGUUGGAGCUAGGCACAGGCUGUCCCUGGAGGCACACUAAGGCAAACUGAACCGACCGUGAGGGACUUGGGGAAGCUUUGUGAGGCUCACUGACCAUGAAAGAAUUAGCGUAGUGGACAGACGAAAGGGACCAUUGGGGGCGGUGAUUCUCCACUCUGAUGUGGGGGGUGGGGUAGAGGGCUGAGAGAGGUUCCAAAUCGGGAGGGUCUUGAUCCUCAUCCUAGGCGGGUUCUGCGGGGGGCUUUGUUUCCGUUUCCUGUGUGGCCCCUCCAGGCUGUGGAGGUCCAAUGUGAGGAAGAAGCCUGGAAGUGGUUGGAAAGACAGGAGGCUGUGGCAAGUGUUUGGGCAAAAGGUGGUACAGCCCUGAAGGCCAGGGAGGAAGUCUUGGAAGGAAAGAUGUUUAAUUAGGGAACUAACUACUACAUGAAAUUGUCUUAACAGUUACGUGAGCGUAAGCCUAAUAACCCUAAUAAGAAAACUAGCUAACACUUAAUGAUCGCUGUGUGGCUGGCACUGUUCACGGAAUCCUCACAAUUACAAAGUAUCUGCUCAUGUAAUGCCCACUUUACAGAUGAGAAAACUAACACACAAAGUUGAAUACUUCCUGAGUGAAGCAGCUGGUAUGAGGACUCGAAUCCAGAGCCUGUUCUUGCCUCCCUCUCCCUGUAUGGAGUUAAGGAGGUGUGAAUUUGUCUGUCGUCGUAAAAUUGAUCUGUACUGAGUUUAUACUGAGUUGAUUUUUUAGUGAAUUUCAGAGCUGUGCAAACCGUCCCGAGCAAUUUGAGAAUACCUCUGUCAGAGCGAGAGAGCUUGUAUCCAAUUUGCUGUCAAACCCGUUCCCCCUCCCAGCCUCAAGCAACCAACAGUCCGCAUUCUGUCCUGGGGUUUCUUUUUCGGGACUUCUCACACGGACAGCAUCACACAGGGUUCCGUGUUUUACAUCUGGCUUCUUUUUGUUCAGCAGCAGAGCUCUUUGAGGCUUGUCCAUCUUGUGGCCUGUGUCAGUAAUUCCCUUUUUCUUGCUGAGUAGUAUUCCAGGGUAUGGUUAGGCCACGUUUUGUGUAUUCAUUUCACCAGGGGAUAGCCAUGUGGAUGGUUUUCUUGUGGCUCUGAUUGACACUGCCCUGACAGCCGAUGAUGCUGAACAUCUUUUCAUGUGCUUGUAAGCAAUGUGUGUAUCUUCUCUGGUGAAAUAUCGAUUUAAAUACUCUGCUUACUUUUAUUGACGAGUAAGAGGUCUUAGUAUAAUCUGGGUACAGACGUAAGACAUGGUCUGUGAGUGUUUUCUCCCAAUCUGUGACUUGCCUUUUCAGUUUCUUAAUCCUGUCUUUUGAAGUGCAAAUUUUGAAUCUUAAUGAAGCCCAAUUUAAUAGUUUGUUGUUGUCACAUGGAUUGUCCUUUGAAUACUGUCUUUCUGCCUAACCCGAGACCAUAAAGAUUUUCUCGUAGGUUUUACUCUGGAAAUUUUUUCAUGGUUCUCACUCUAAGUUUGCGCCUGUAAGCCAUUUUGAAUGAAUUUUUAUACGUCUUACAAGGUAAAUGUGUGUGAAUUCCUGUGUAUAUGCCCUCAGCACCAUGUAUUACAAUGUUUUUUCUCUAUUGUGCUUCUGUCAAGUCAUUGGAACAUACUUGUAUACGGUGAGAGGUUAUUUAGGUUUUGAAACUGGGCACUGUGUGUUUCCCAAUGGUGUCGGUUUUCAGGAUUGUUCUGACUGCUCGGGGUUCUUCACGCUUCUGUGUAGACAGUAGGAUCUGCUUAGCAGUUUCUGCAAAAAGAAAGCAGAAUCUGUAUCACUAGUUCAGGAAGAACUGCUUUCUUCCCCCAACUGACGCCAAUCUGUCAACACAGAACAGCUCUUUUUUUAUUUUUAUUUUUUUUAAGAUUUAUUUGUUUAUUGAGAGGCAGAGUUAGAGAGAGGGAGAGACAGAGAGAGAUGUUCCAUCCACUGGUUCACUCCCCCCAGAUGGCCGCAACAGCCAGAGCUGAGCCAAUCGGGAGCCAGGAACUUCUUCUGGGUCUCCCAUGUGGAUGCAGGGGUCCAGGGACUUGGGCCGUCUUCUACUGCUAUCCCAGGCCAUAGCAGGGAGCAGGACCGGAGGUGGAGCAGUGGGGCCUGGAAUCUGUGCCACAGGCAGGAGCUUAACUUACUACGCCACAGCGCUGGCCCCAGCUCUGUUUAUUUUAAUCCUUAUUUAUUUAUUUAUUUAUUUAUUUAUUUAUUUUUUAGUUUCAGUGUGUGCCUUGCACUUCGUUUGUUAAACUCCUUCCUGUGUUAUGCUCUCGGUGACUGGGCUGCUUGCUUCGAUGCCUGUGCUCUGAAAUGUGGAGUCUGCUGUCCAGGGCAGACAGAGUCAAGGUGGAUCUCCCUGGCCCCCAGCCCGGGCCGGAGGGUGGGGGCCGGGGCCGCUGCCGGGUCAGAUGCAUUCUGGAGAAGGAGCUGGUGUAGCGUCAGCAGGAAAGCGAUUGCUGUUUUGACGUGGGGAUUGACAGAUGGUGCUGUCAGACAGGCAGUUGGCCGUGCCGCAGAGGGAUCUGGGAGUUGCCAGCGUGAAGGAGUUGAGUGAAGCCUCGAGACGCCUGGCCCGGGGAGGUGAGCAAGCCGAGCGCCCAGGGGACUGCUGCUGAGAGCAGAAAUUGCCUGAAACUGGUAAAGAUGGUUUGCAGUUAUCAGCCAGAUGUGCACCUGCGAGUAAUUUCAGUCAGUGGAGUUUUUGGAAGGAGAGUGAGAACAGUGUCCCCGUACAUUUGUCAGUCUGGUACAGUGGACUGGGGGCUGUUAAAUCUGCCAUUAGCAGAGUGACCCCCUUCUGGGGCUCACACUCCUCAGCUGUAAAUACAUUUAAGAGGUGCCAGAGGGGCCGGCAUUGGGGCGAGCUGAGUUAAUGAACCACCACCUGUCGUGCUGGCAUCCCAUACGGGUGCUGGUUCAAGUCCCGGCUGCUCCACUUCCCAUCCAGCUCCUUGCUAAUGUGCCUGGGAAAGCAGCAGAGCACGGACCAAGUGCUUGGGCCCCUGCACCCACGUGGGAGACCUGGAUGGAGUUUCUCGCUCCUAGCUUUGGCCUGGUCCAGCCCUGGGUGUUUUAGCCGUUUGAGGAGUGAACCAGCAGAUGCAAAACUCUCUCUGUCUCUGUUUCUCUCUCGUUGCUCUGCCUUUCAAGUUAAUAAAAAUAAAUAUUUAAAUGAAAACAGAGGUGCCAGAGGGAAGGAACCUAGGCAGCCCUGGCAGCCGUGGAUGGAAUCUGGGCUGUUCGAGUGCCCAGUGCUUGGGUUAGAACUCUGGCCUUGAACUUCGCACCUGCAGCCAAGCCCUGUUCUAGGUCCUGGCGAAACCGCGCUCCCCUUUAUGAGGCUUAUUGCAUGGGGUGCGAGGAGUGAAUGAGCUGGUGUGUGUGUGUGUGUGUGGUGCUCAGCGCAGCGUCAUCCCCACAGCCAGGUUGAAUGUCAUCUGUUAGCCACAUGCCACCCCAGUGCCAGGUCUCAGUGGCCGAGAGGGACGUGGCCCUGUCCUCAUGGAGCAGAGGGAGGGUGGUGAAGAGGUGAGAGUGUGCAGGGGGACGUGCGGGAGAGACAGCGCGGUUGGGAUGGUUCGGGAAGACAGUUGGUGCCGUGGCUGAGGGAGGGGUCUGCGGCGUGAAACACUGCAGGUACCGGCCAAAGCCUCGGUUUGGAUUUGGCAGUCGGGAGCUUUGCCGUCAUCUGGUGUCAUUCCUGGGGCCGCCGCGAGAUGGGCGCAGCGGGAAGGGACGAUCAGCUAUUGAGCGGUGGCUGCAGGGAGGCAAGGGGCCAGUGAGGGCUUGGGAGGAGGGUGCGUGUAUCUGGGAAGAUAAUGUUAGAGAAACCCACCUGACUGCAGAGUUCUCCAGUGCUUCUACGUCAUCCCUUGCUUGUGCUGGUUUGUUACUUUCUGUUUCUGUAAGUAUUAAAACACCAAUUAUUAAA